UGUGGCUCCAAAUGGUAACAGCUGAGCCACUAAUCUACACAAUUAAAUAAUUAGUUGGGAUCGACUCAGAUCACUGCCCUGUCAUCUUUUCCAUUUCCAUGAGUGGAUGCUCAGAUCACCCCACACCAAGUGUCCUCCGCUCUGCUCUGCUCGCACGACUCGUCCAGCAUUUUCCAUCCGCUUUCUUCUCGCCCCAUUGGCGCAUGCAUCACUGAUUAGGCAAUGGUGCACUAGCUAGCUAGCUGCGUACCUGGGGUCGAUUAUCCGUGUCACUCCGGGGUGCACACAGACACAGGAGCAAGGGCAUAUGCUCUUACUAGGUUGUUGCGCUGGCGCCUUUGGCAAUGUAUAUAUAGGGCUGCACAGGUCUCUGCUGCUAAUACCUUCACAGAGCUAGCUGCAGAAAUAUACUAGCAAAAUCAGGAUGGGUGGUGCCGGCGGCGCCAAGGCUUACGGCGCGGUGGUUCUCAUCAGGGUCAUGUACUCCGGCAUGCACAUCAUGAGCAAGAUUGCGCUGGAUCAGGGCAUGAACCCCUUCGUCUUCGUCUUCUACCGUCAUACCACCGCCGCGCUCGUGCUCAUCCCUAUCGCUUUUGCUCUGGAGAGGCAAAAGACUAAACCUGUGACGUUGAAGAUUGCAGGGAAGAUGUUCGUGCACGCCUUGUAUGGGGUAACCGCAUGUGGCGUCUUAUUUAACCUUGGUCUCAACUAUGCGUCCGCGACAUCAUCGUCGGCGUUGUACAAUGUUCAACCGGUGGUUACCUUCAUCUUAGCGGUCAUAAUUGGGAUGGAGUCUAUGAAGCUGAAGAAGCUCCAUGGCAACCUAAAAGUGGCAGGCAUUCUCUGCUGCGUCGCCGGCGUCACGGUGCUGGCCUUCUACGAGGGGCCAAUGUUCAGAUCUUUCAACCAUCACCGGCUCUUCCAGCACGGCAGCAGCAACAGCUCCUCCGGAUCAGGAACCUACUCCAAGAACCAGUGGGUAUUUGGGAUUUUCCUCAUGACACUCUCCAACAUUUUAGCAGGCUUGUGGACUGUGCUUCAGGUGAAUAUGCAUACACUCAAAAUUCAGGUUCAUUUUCCAGAGCUUCAGACCCUGACGUGCUGCAACUUGUUGAUGGUUUUUGUGCAGGGGCCACUGAUAGAGGACACUUCCAAGCUUAUGAAUACCACACUGCAGAUCUCAUGCGCGUCGGUCCAGGCCUUCGUGGUGGCUGUCGCAGCCGAGAGGGAUUUCUCCAAGUGGAAGAUCGGCUGGAAUAUUAGUCUCGCCGCUAUCAUCUACAGCGGCGUGAUCGUGACCGCGCUUUCGUACUACAUGCAAAUGUGGACGAUCGCCAAGAGGGGGCCGGUGUUCCUCGCCAUGUCCAUGCCGCUCACUCUGAUCUUCACAAUCAUCAUAUCUUCGUUCGUUUUAGGAGAGGCAGUUAGCCUAGGAAGUAUAAUUGCUGGGAUACUACUGAUUGGAGGCCUGUACAACGUACUGUGGGGGAAAAACAUGGAGAGAAAAGACGACGACACGAACAAGAUGGGUGGCGGUAAACCUGCCCAGGAGCUGCAAGACAAGGAGCAGGCCCGAGUGCCGGAUGAUGCGGCGGCAAAGGUCUGAGCCAAGCAAGCAGUGAUCGGCGAUGGGACAGAAAAGAUUGUGUCAGGACAUACUACUGGUUCCAGACUGUGUUGGAAUGCAACGCAUGCACCGUGAACUGGCGGCAGGCCAGGACGAUAAGAUGGGCAGUGCGCCAUUGCUGUACCCACUUUCUGCCUGAUGGUUUCCUUUCAAGUAGCUAGUACCAGACGUCUCCCGUUGAUGUUGUAUGUACCGAAUUAAUAAAACAAGUUUCAGAUGCUUUUA